AAUAUAAAACUAUCGUCUUAGUGUUAUAGUUUGAAUCUAACCAACACGACGAACUUCAAAUACUGAUUUUAAUUGAUGGAUUAGGAUCAUUGGAUUCGUAUAUUGAUUUUCUGUGAACUCAAAAUCAGCCAUGGAUAAAGACUUGGAUAAAAAUUUAAAAACUGCUGAUGAUUUCAUGGUUUCAAAGUUACUUGGAGAAGAUAAUGAUUCAACGGUUGUUCUUGCUAGAGAUGUUCAUACCGAUAUUGAAUAUGCAAUAAAAAUUAUCGAAAAAAGUCGGAUAGAAAAAGGAAACAAAAAAGAUGAAGUUGAGAGAGAGAAGAACAUCAUCAAUCAACUUAAUCAUCCGUUCUUCGUCAAAUUACAUUUCAUGUUUGAAGAUGAGAAAAGAUUAUAUUAUGUGUUGAGUUAUGCAAGUAUGGGAGAUCUUUUGUCGUAUAUUGAAAACAGUGGACGACUGAGUCGACCGUGCGUUCAACACUACACAGGAGAGCUUGUAUUGGCUUUAGAAUAUCUUAAAGGUUUAAAUAUAAUACACAGAGACAUAAAACCGGAAAAUAUUCUUCUAACAUCAGAAAUGCAUAUUCAACUAACGGACUUUGGGACUGCACGACUAGCUUCAGAUGAAGAAAUCGAAUGUGCGAAUAAUAGUUCAAACAGAAAAACAUCAUUUGUAGGAACUGCAGACUAUGUACCGCCUGAACUUCUGGUGGAUAAAUGUUCAAAUAUCAAUUCAGAUCUUUGGUCACUAGGUUGCGUAAUAUUCCAAAUGUUGACGGGAAAGCCUCCGUUCUGCGAUGCGACAGACUUUGCCAUCUUUCAAAAAGUUAUCAAAAUAAAUUUUUCGUAUCCAGACUUCGUUGACGAGGAAGCGAAAGAUUUAAUCAAUGGUCUUCUGAAAUUCGAUUCGAAUCAACGGCUGGGAAGUGAUGAAUGUGGAGGUUUUGAAAAACUUAAAGAGCACCCCUUUUUUCGGGGUGUAAACUGGGAUGAAUUACACACAAAAAUACCCCCUCCCAUAAGUCGACCCGUUUCUCGAUUGAGCGUGAAAACAUCUAGAUCAAGCGAUUCAGUGAGCGAUAAAUCAGACGCUGUAUAUUCACGUAUAUCGCCCCGCAAGUCAGGAACAAUGAAACGACAAGCAAGACCAGUGAAAAAUAGUAUCGCUGUAAAUAAGCUAACAGCGUCGGAGCCAGAUGAUAUUGAAGGUUAUGGAUUACCUCCCGACCUGUCAAGCGAUGACCGAGAUACUUGUCUGGAAAAACAGAUGGGAUCAACUUGGCAUCACUUUUCAAAUGGAGCACUUAUAUUAAAGCGGGCUGAACUUGAAAAGAAACGAGGAUUGUCAGUGAAAACUCGUCAAUUCUUGCUUAUGGAGGGACCGAAAUUAGUCUACGUCGAUCCAUCAAGUAUGGAAGUCAAAGGAGAGAUACCAUGGUCACGUGAACUGAAGACAGAAGUGAAGACUUUCAAAUCAUUUCACAUUCAUGUGCCUGGUCGAACAUACCAUCUUGUCGAUAAAAAAGGAAACGCAAUUAAAUGGUGUCGAAAAAUUGACGAUGUUAAACAGUUUUAUUACGGAUCAGCGUAAAGCGUUUAGCAAAUUCAUCUGCAAAGACAAUGCUCAGUGACAGUGUCAAUUACAUUCAUGGAAACACAAUCCACAAUGAACAGAAUAUAAUUGUGAUUCAAAAAAUAACGUCAAACGCCUUCAGGGACAACCGCGAUAGUUGGUGCUGGAACUUCUUUUAUACACAUUGGCUAUUACUCGCGAAGAACACUCUCUUUUGUGCCACUGAAUUCCAAGAUGAUGAUUACGUCUUCCCCACAGAAAUAAAAUCACGGUGAUCGUACAUUUGAACUCAUGUACAUUUGAACCCAUUUGUAUAUCCGAGGGUUCAAUCUAUAUGCGGGUGCUGAAACCCAUGGGUUAUGGUUAUUAUGGGUUCAAAUAUCCGUAAAACAAAAAAAAUUCCAUAGGUACAAUAGUAUGCAGGUGCAAUUGUCGUGGGUUCAAAUGUAAUGGAACCUAAAAUCACAUUUUGCCACUUCUAGUCUCGGCUAUAGUCAAUAGAGCAUUCUCGACGGGUCUGUGUGUAGAAAGCACACCUUGGUUCAUGAAUAUAAAACUCGGCGUUCAGACCCUCGGAAUCCUAAGGAUUUUUUUGAAGUUUCCUGUCUCGACUUCAGUUUUCAAUAUUUCUGAAUUUCCAAUGAGCGAGUUCAAAUUUCAAAAGUUCAAACUGUAUCACGAGUGAUAACAAGUAAAUCCCGGACUUGCAGCUAUAAUUAAUUGAAGAAUCCGCCACUAUUUCUUCUACCAUGCAAAUAUUUUUUCCUAUCUAUGUAGUGGAUACACUAUACCUACUAUUUGUGUACUGACUCUUGAUGUCGUCAUGUGUUUUAUAACGGUACAGAUAUUAUAAAAAAUUUAAAUGUUGAACAAUAAAUAGAAAGAUUAUAAUUUGUGGACAAAAUC